AUGAAUGCUAUGUGUUUGACAGCGAUUUUCAUUAAGCCCCUUGUCGAUGAAUCAUAUUGGGAAUUCCCACAAUCUUCAAACUGGGCGAUUGAACUUGGCCAGGGCAAGCAAGAGCGGAAAAUGUCUGUAUCCAAGGCAUUAGAAUUUAUGGAUAAAAAAGAUCUUGAGUGUGCCAUCUGCCUCAACAGGUUUCACCAACCAAAGACACUGAAAUGCAUGCACACAUAUUGUCUACAGUGUAUCGAGAAAUGGGUGGAAACUCAUGGAAAGAUGAAAUGCCCAACAUGUGGACAAGAACAUGAUCUUACAAAAGAGGAUUUAAAACAGCUUACUUCAAAGACAAUGAUAAGUCAACUACUAGAGUAUAUUAAAAAAACUGAGGAGCAGAAACCAACUAAGUGCUCUUUUUGUGACAACCAACCAGCAUACCACUGCUCAAGAUGUCAGUUGUAUCUAUGUAGAGGUCAAUGUUUUGAAUGUCAUGAGAAAAUACCUGCCACAAAUGACCACCCACUGUACACACUAGACAUGAAGGAACAAGAUGGCAGCUCAGACAAAAAAACCAAAUGUCCAGCUCACAGCAACAUCACAAUAGAAUUUUACUGCUGUACUUGCAACAAAUCAGCAUGUAAGCAAUGUGAACACAUCCUCCGCUGUUAUCAAAAACAACACAAUGUUAUUCCAAUAUCAGUUGCUAUAGAUAAGUUUAAUGAAGAUGCCACUGAAGUUUUCAAUUUAGCCAAAGAAAUGGAAAAGAAAUUAACUAAAAAACUAGACUUCAUAAAAAAGGAUAGAUUGGUAUUUGAUUCACAGAUAACCUUGUGUACAACAGCCAUUGAAAUUCAGGAGAAGAACAUUAUCGAGAAAGUUCAAAAGAAAA